UUAACGGGCUCUUAUUUUGUUUAUAUUUUUAUUUACACAAAUCACAUUCCUCUCAAUAUUCACCUCGGCCCUUAAAAAUCGUCGGCAACAACGUGGACACUUGACAGGAGGUUUUCGAAGAUGGGUACAAGUAUGUCAUAUUGAUGUUCCGGUGAUCCUGUGUGGAGACACAAACUGCUCCAAAAAUGGAUAAAGCAGCCGUAAACGAUGCGGUGAAAUUAAUAGUGAUAUGCGUGAUGUGGUAUACCACGAGUUCGGGUGGCAAUAUUGUAGGGAAACUUGUUUUGAACGAAUUCCCAUACCCAAUGACAGUGACGAUGGUUCAACUGUUGUCGGGAGCUUUAUACCUCAAACCGAUCAUAAACAUGUUGUCAGUCCCUAACACCGGCGACGUGCCGCGCUAUUACUAUUGGACUAUGAUAUUACCUCUGGCACUGGGCAAAUUUCUAGCGUCCGUUUCGUCACAUAUCAGCAUUUGGAAAGUUUCUGUUUCUUACGCUCACACAGUUAAAGCUACUUUGCCAUUAUUCACAGUUUUAUUAUCAAGAAUUAUCCUUGGAGAGAAACAAACAUAUCCUGUCUACUUUUCAUUAGUUCCAAUAAUUGGAGGAGUAAUCAUAGCCACACUCACCGAAAUAUCGUUUGAUUACAUUGGCCUGAUUAGUGCUCUAUGUGCAACAGUUGGCUUUUCCUUACAAACUAUAUUUUCUAAAAAGUGUUUAAAAGAGACGGGGCUACACCACCUACGCCUAUACGUUACCAUCUGUCGCCUCGCGGCCACAUGUUUCCUCCCUAUGUGGGCUCUGUUUGAUCUCCGGAGAAUCUACGCUCACCAUGAUUCGAUGGUUGAGGGAAGAAUGCUUUACUACGUUUUCCUACUGCUGUUGGACGGAUUCUUCAGCAUGCUGCAGAACGUGUUUGCCUUCACCGUCAUUGCUAUGGUGGCACCCCUUAGUUACGCUGUAGCUAAUGCCACUAAGCGGAUCAUUAUCAUCGGGGCAUCCCUGUUCUUCCUGCGUAACCCAGUUACACCCAUGAACCUACUCGGGAUGUCAGUCGCAGUGUUUGGAGUCCUCAUGUAUAACAAGGUGAAAUAUGACCAAAAUGUAGCGAUGCGUCAUGCAGCCACACUUCCACUGGUCAAAAGUACAUCCAACUUGGAGUUGAUGGACAAAAACCAUAUAUCUUUAUCAUUGCCUCACUCCCAAAGUGCCUCAGAUUUAGAACUUCACUCAAAUGGUGUUUCAACAAACUUACUUAACAACCAUAUACUGUUCAAUAACAAUCAAUUCCAGUCGAAUCAUGUGACUUUAUUACCUGUGCAGGACACUGACAGAUCAGGAGACUGGCAAUGGCAGCCGAAUAGAGAUCGUGGCAACGUACAUUCGAGGAUGGUUCAUCAUGUCUGAUAUUUGACAUGACUCUAUAUUGUUGGUGUAUGAUGUUAUAAUGUAUUGUUUUAAAUGAUGAAAUAAUUUUGAAAUGUAUAUUCAAAAUUUUUUUUUUUUUUUUUUAAAUACCUGUAAUACAUUUUAAUUGGGAGAGAAUUCAAAAUGUUUUGUGAAAUAUUUGAAUCUCUAUGUUGUGUGAUUCUUAUGUUUACACAGUUUUUCUAGUCAAAUAUUAUACAUGAUGUACACAGCUAAGAAGAUACCUUAUAUGUGCCAUGAGUGGCUUUUAGGCCACCUGAGACAAAGUCUGCUUACUGAAAACUACUUCAAUUUAAUGAUAUUGCUUAUGCCAUGAUGUGGUGUAUGUUCGUCAAUCAA